AUGGAGUCGCGUAUCAAGUGCCUACGAAAUUCAAUGGAUAGACUACCAGACGAGCUGAUAAUCUACAUAGUGUCACUUUUACCUUUGAAAGAAGCUAUACGGACUAGUGUCCUCGCCCGAAAAUGGCAAUUCUUCUGGAUUUCUAAUACGAUGCUUGACUUUGAUGCUUCAUUAUCAAUUCGUGAGUUCAAGAAUAAUAGAAGGUCCCUUUCAAGUGAAAGGAUAAGAUACACUGAGCAGGUGAAUCGAUUGCUGAGCCUGCAUUCUGGUGAGUCCAUAGACAAGUUCCGGAUAUCGUUCGACUUGGAUAUAAGUUCUGCCCGGGAUAUCGAUAGAUGGAUCAAAUUUGCAUUUGCAAAGAGGGUUAAAAGGCUAGCAUUGGAGUUCGUGCAGCCCGGUCUUUAUAGAUACGGUCAAUACACUUUUCCAAAGCAGGGUCUACCGGUUUGUGAGUCUUUGGUCUCGCUCGUUCUGUGUAAAGUGGCAAUUGAUGGAGAAACUCUCGAGUGUUUUAUAAGUAACUGCCCAUUACUCGAGGAAUUACAUGUGGAAGAUGCAAACUGUUUGAGAAGUUUGAAGGUCAGCUGUUGCCCGAAUCGGCUGAGGCGGCUGGCGAUAAUUGAUUGCCUGGACUUGAGGAGGCUCGAUAUUUGCUCGCCUGAUCUCGUCUCGUUCACAUUGGACGCGUCCGAAAUUGCUGUGACCCUGAAAAGUGUUUCGUCUAUCGUUGACCUAACCCUUGGGGCACUAUGGCCUUGCAAGCUGUCCACUUAUUUGUUCAGAAUUUCCGGGUGCUUGGCUCGGUUGGAGACACUAACGCUACACACGUCCAUAAUACAGGAAAUUGAAGAGAUGGACUUCCCAAAUUUACCGAGCCUCAAAAAGUUAUCAAUUGAAGUUAAAGGAGUUGGUUGUUGGAGCAUCCGUUGCUUUGUCCCAUUGAUAUAUGCUGCACCCAUGCUUAGUGAAGCUGUGUUCAAGCUGAAACCCAGUGUUCUGAAACCAAGAUCAAUACGACGACCAAACAUAGGAAAAAGACGACACGAUUGCCUCAAAGUGUUUGAAAUAAUCGGUUUUGAAGGCACGGCAGUCGACAUAGAAUUGUCCCUAUAUGUGCUUGAGAGUGCCUUUUCGCUAGAAAAGGUGGUUAUUAAUGGCCGCACUAAAACAGGAGAUCAAAUUG